AUGGAGGAUAAUGGAACUCCUUUUGGAAAUAAACUACAACUUUACUGCGAAAGAGGCUUCCUGUUGCGUAUUUCAGAUUCCGGAGUAAUAUCUGGAACAGACGAUAAUUCUGAUCCAUACAGUGGGACAAAAGCGAACAGUGUCAUACAAAUUCAACUUAUUAUUUCAGCCCAUUUAGAACUAUCGUCAGGAGAUGAAAUCGGCACAGUAAAAAUUAGAGGAAUCCAUUCAGGACUUUAUGUUUGUUUUGGAGAAAAUGGUAAACCAAGCGCCAAGGAAAAUCCUGGAUUGCCUGGAACAACUUUCCGAGAGGAUUUCUAUGGACACAGCUACAAUUCAUACGAAUCUAAAGAUUAUCCAGGUUGGAUGUUGGGCAUAAACAAAGCCGGGCAGGCUAAAAAUGGAACAAAGACUGAAGCUGGGAAGAAAUCUACAAAAUUUUUACCUAUAAGAUUAUAAAAAAAUGGGGUGAAUAUAAUAUAUUAGUAUUGAAUCAAUGUUGUAUUGCUGGUAGUAGCAGUCUUUGUAGGAACAAUGUUAGGUGAGGGUUUUCUUAUUUCAGUUUUGUAAGCGGAUCAAUGGAUCGUACUUGAAAAUUAUUUUCAACAUUAUCAUGAUUUAAUAAGCAUUUUCAUCCAUAGUAGGUACCUACCUAUCAAGUUUAUUAUACUAAUACAUUUAACUCAGUGCCGUAUUUCCCUAUACGCACAGUACGCUCAGGCGUAGGGCGGCAAAUCCCGGCGUCCCUGUUAAGUAGGCCCCGUCCGCCUCCAAAAGCCUGGCUUUGUACGCCACUGUCCGUGUCCUAGUCCUGUAUCUUCUUGGCCCCCCGUUUUUUGAGGUAGGCGCCG